AUGGAUAAUUCAACAGCACCAUCAACAGCUGUCUUAACAACAAACUUAACUUCAUUUGUUUAUGAAGAUUUAAUCUUUCAUGUUCAAACAAUUCAACAGCAAAUGAUUGAAAUUGCAAAAUAUCUUGAUGACCAAUGGAAAAAUGAUAAAAAGAUACGGGAGGAAUUAAAAUCACGUUCAAUAACAUUUGUUGAUCCAUAUGGAAACCCAAUAACUAAUAAAUAUAUGAAUCAUGAAUUAAUCAGCACAUUGUUUAAACAAUACAAAAAGGAUUAUGUACCAAAAUAUUUACAAAAUUGGGUGAAAAUUGGAACAAUUAGUGAAAAUGUUAUCUCACCAUUGGAUGAUUCGGAACUGCAAUCAACUGUAUCCAAAUAUCCCGAUGGUUAUCGAUUUAUUACAUAUAGUGAAUUGAAUAUCUUGAUCGAAUAUCGUGAAGAUGUACUACGUCAACAAUUUGUACUACCUGUUCUCCUAACGGAUACUAUAGAGAAGAUUAAGAUGCGAAUACUAAAACUUCGAAAAUUUCCAAACAUCGCACUAAAAUCAUUUAUAUCAGAUAAAGAUUCUCAAAUGAAUAACCAAAAUUGGAGUGAAGGUCGAACAUUCAAUUCAGAUGAUACUGUUUUAUCAUGUCAGUUAUAUCAAAAUAAUUCUAUCAUGGUAGCAAAAAUUUUGCUAGAAAAUACUAAUGAUAUAGCAUCCACUGCUAAUUAUGAAAUCUUUGUGAAAACUCUUACUGGAAAGACGAUUACUAUAAAAGUCAAUUCUCACAUGGAUAUAGAUACAGUGAAACAAUUGAUACAAAAUGUAGAAGGAAUUCCUCCUGAUCAGCAACGUUUGAUAUUUGCCGGAAAACAACUAGAAGAUGACGCAACUCUUUCAUACUAUAACGUACAAAAGGAAAGUACGAUUCAUUUAGUCUUACGUUUACGUGGUGGAAUGUAUCAUAUUACAAGUGGCCGACAAGAUUUUGAGAGUUUGCCAAAUACAGGAGCUGAAGCAAUUAAAAAUAUUCUAGUAUUCAAGUUUAAAAAUAUAGAUAACUCUGAAGGGUUAUCACUUGUUGAACUUCAAAAUUCUAUUUUACAAGGGCAAGCUGUUCUUUCAAAAUUAUUCAAUGAAAUCAAAAAUUUCUCUGUAUCUGAUGAUGUUCCACAUUUAAAAAACAUUAUAUUAUCGAAUGUGACUGAUAAUGAAGAUGAAAAUGACAUGGAAGCAGAUAAUGAUAAUGAUAGUGUUUCAAAUGAUUAA